AUGGCAGAAGAAGCUCCAGAAGAUGCAGCGCCAGACGCCGAAGACGUGGCGGAGGCUGCAGAUGCAGAUGCAGAGGCUCCAGAGGCCGAAGGUGCUGAAGGUGCCGAAGGUGCCGAAGGUGAGCCUACAGAAAUAGAAGCCGAGCCGGCAGAAGAGGCGCCAGAAGAUGCAGAGGCCGCCCCGGAGGAAGCCGCUGAGGCCGACGCGCCCGAGGCCGCCGAGGCCGCCGAGGCCGAGGCCGAGCCUGGAGAGGCCGGAGAGGCCGAGGCCGAGGCCGGAGAGGCGCCGGAGGCGGAGGUUCCUGCGGAAGAGCAACCAGAGGGCGAGGACGUCUACAUCCCCUUGGAGCCAGCAGAAGAGGAGGCUGCGGCUGAAGGCCACGGGGCCAUUUACCCCCAACAGAAGGAAGUGAAGGCGACGAAAGACCUGCAGUCCCGCACUAAGACCACCCGCACUCAGUUCUGCGGUGUGCCCAUCCUGGGUAGCAUGCGCCUACUGGAGACCUCCGAGAUGGUGCGCCUCGCCGAGACCAACAGCGCGCUGCGGCAGCUCUGGCGGGAGCUGCUGGAGGAGAAAAAAGCGGAGGUAAUCGACGCUCGCGCCCUCGAGUUGCUCCGCGCAAAGGCUCGCGGCGCAACCUUUGCCUCGAAGGCCAUGAAUUUCAAGAAGAGCUGUUUGACGGACGAUGACCUGGCACUGCUGUGCUUCAGUGCGCAGUUCUCCAUCAGCAUGAGCCACGUAGAGGACUUCUGCCUCAACGUCAACGAGAUCAGCGACCGAGGUUUUGGACAAUGGACGCGGCUGGGAACGCUGCUGCCCUUCAGUUGCUUGACAGACUUUUUUGCCAUCGACAACCUCUUGGGUGACUACGCAGCGAAAGCCCUGGCGCAAGCUGCGCGGGAGGGUGCCUUCCCGAGCCUGCGAUUGAUGUACCUCUAUGGCAAUGAGAUUGGGGACGCUGGAUUUGAAGCUUUAAGCGACGCCAUGACGGAAGGCGUUUUCGCCCCCAGCGGUUUGGAGACGCUGUUGGUCAUGGGCAAUGAAAUCACAGACGAAGGUUUGCUGUGCAUCGAGAAGCCCAUGCUGAUGGGACGGCUUCACGGGCUGCAGAGCUUUGGGGUGGGCAACGGUGUCACCGAUCGAGGCCUAGAACUGCUGGUAGAUGGGAGUGUGCGCGGGCAUUUGCCUGAACUUCGGGAGCUCCAUCUGACGGAGAACCCCUUGAGCGACUGCAGCGUUUCGCUCUUCCUGCGCGCGAAGUCGGAGGGCGCCUUCCAGCGUCUGACGCACCUGGGGUUGGAGGGGACCCGCACCAGUGCCCGGGUGCGACGUGCCGUCCUGGAGGCCUUAGAGAGAAAAUUGGAGGAUCACCCGUUAGCUGCUCGGUUGGCCGAGGCCGAGGCAGAGGAGAGUGCAGGUGAGGAGCGUGAGGGUCGGGGGCAGACAGAGCCAGCGGAAGAGGAGGAGGAGGCCGAAAAGCCUGAAGACGAAGGUGGCGGGAAUCUGACACCUUCCAAACAUCGAACAGUGAGCACCAGCUCCGAGUCUUCACCCACUGAGCAGCAAGGACCUUGGCGAUGGGGUCAGCGCGCACCUUCUGGAUUCAGAUGGACAGCUGAGAACAUGGGCAACUCGGCAGGCACACAGGGACGCUGCUGGAGGAAAUUCAGCAGCGACUCGGCUCAUCCGGAAGUGAACGUGGGUUGUCAACUCUGCUGCCCCGUGUUCUUUAUGACUCAGCCCCGAGCGGCAACGCCGCCGGUGCCCGGUGAGCGGCCCAUGAAGAGUCGAGGACAAGUUCUGGGUUAUUUGUGGAAACUUUGUGCUGGAGUCGACCUGACACCAGCGAAUUUGAGCAAAAUCCAGAAUUGGCGGCGAAGGCUGUUUGUCAUCGAGGAAGUGGAUCGUGGCUUGGCGAUGCAGUACGUGUCAGAGAAGUCCGACGGAUCAAAUGUGCUCGCGUCCUUGAUUCGUGGCCGCACUCGCAAGCGGGCAACUACAGGGCUGUCCGAUUUGGAGGAACUUCCAGCGGCGCUGCUGGAGCCUGUCAAUCCGGACACCAGGUACAGCAUGUUGAACAGCCUGAAGCAGUACGAGAUUGCCUUCUUCGGAACGGCGGCAAUGCAGCUUACGGCGUUGCCGGAGCAGCUUUUUCCCAUGUCUCUGAAAUGGACCGACGCCUCCGGCAGCGCGCAGCCACUGGGAUCUGAGCAGGGCAUGGUGGGUAGUUGA